UUCUUUUGGUUUCUUAGAGCUGGAGGGGGUGCGAAGAGGCCGGCGGACAGGAGGAAAGUAAAGCAACAACACACAAUAAUCAAUCCGGGAUGCGAGCUGUGUGGGUACAGACUGAACAGAGAGGUUCGGAUUCCUGAGAUUUGCUUCUUUUUUGACUCUUUUAUCUAAAGGAUUUACGAUCAAAGACUCGCUGAACUUUUUUCUUUUACUUUUUCGUGCAUCGGAGCGACCAGAGCAGAUCAGACCGCGUCCCCGACUAAAAGGAGAAAAGUACGGACGGAUAUGUACUGCUGGAGGGAUAAACUAUCAGUACGAGUAUAUUUACUUAAGUAAAACUUUAUAAACGUAUUAAACAGUUGAGAUCAGCGAUCAGAUUUUCUUUGAGUGAUUUUAGAAGACGCGCACCUCCGUGAAGAGAUUUUUUUUCUUUCUCCACCUCCAGUCUGGAAAUCUUUACACAUCGAGCGACUUUACGAACCAAAAACACCAAGUGUGGAGUUUUUCCUGGUCGAAAUAAAACACAAAGACCUGAACAACACCAAGUCGGAAAUAUUUUAAGUCUGGGAGGCUUUUAAAACUUUGUUUUUCAAUCUCUGGAUCCAGAAAACUAAGAGCUGAGCAGAAGAGCUGAUGCCCUAGCUGUGUGUAUGGAGAACUGCAUCAGGUACCGAGCUCUGUUAUAAAGGAGCGUAAUGAAGUUUACAAUGAAGGUCGUGCUGCUUCUGUUCUCGGUUCUUCUAACCCAGCUACUGCAAGGCCAAACCAGGCCUACUAGUCCUGAACAAGCUGCCCUGCUGGAAACAGAUGCAUACACACUAUACGAGGGAGAAAAGCUCGAGCUGAAGUGUAGGGCUGACGACGAGCUUCAAGACGUGAGCUGGACCAAAGACCAGGUUCCCCUCGUCAACGGGGAACACACUCGUCUACGAAAUGACCAGCUUGAGAUUGAAGGAGUGGAAGUAGCCGACUCGGGACUGUACGGCUGCUUCGCCCGAAGCCCUGCAGGAAACCACACAGAGUAUUUUAACGUCAACGUCAACUCCACGUAUACCCUGGCUUCUUCAGAGGAUGAUGAUGAUGACGAGUCUUCUUCAGAGGAAACCAAGCAGUCGAGCAGCCAGAAGUUACUCUCGAACAGCCAAGAGAUGCUGCCCAUGGUACCAGUGUGGGCUCAUCCUGAUAAGAUGGAGAAGAAGCUCCACGCCGUCCCAGCCAGCAAGACCGUCAAAUUCCGAUGCUCGGCCAAUGGCAACCCAACACCCACGCUCAAGUGGCUGAAGAACGGCAAGGAGUUUAAGAGGGACCAGAGGAUUGGAGGGUUCAAGGUGCGAGAACACUUGUGGUCGAUCAUAAUGGAAUCAGUUGUACCUUCAGACAAAGGCAACUACACCUGCCUGGUGGAGAAUAAGUAUGGCAGCAUUAACCACACCUACCAUCUGGACGUCGUUGAGCGUUCACCACAUCGACCCAUCCUCCAGGCGGGUCUGCCUGCUAACCGUACAGCGGUGGUGGGCAGUGAUGUUGAGUUUGAGUGUAAAGUCUUCAGUGAUCCUCAGCCUCACAUCCAGUGGCUCAAACACAUUGAGGUGAACGGCAGCAAAGUGGGAGAAGAUGGGGUGCCCAACGUCAGAGUCUUAAAGACGGCAGGCCUCAACACAACGGAUAAGGAGAUGGAAAUGCUCAAACUCAAGAAUGUUACUUUAGAGGACGCGGGGGUGUACACGUGCUUGGCUGGCAACUCUAUCGGCCAUUCGCAUCACUCUGCAUGGUUGACUGUCUAUGAAGCUUUGCCACCGACCCCGCUGCCCAACCAGACGUACCUAGAGGUGUUGAUCUACUGCGUGGGCUUCUUCCUCAUCUGCGUGAUGAUAGUGAUCGCCGUCCUGGUCAAGAUGCACAGCUCGUCCAAGAAGAACAACUUCAACAGCCAGAUGGCCGUCCACAAGCUGGCCAAGAGCAUCCCCCUGCGCAGACAGGUGUCAGUGGACUCCAGCUCGUCCAUGCACUCAGGUGUGAUGCUGGUCAGACCUUCCCGUCUCUCCUCCAGUGGUUCCCCCAUGCUGGCCGGAGUGUCCGAAUAUGAACUGCCCCAAGAUCCACGAUGGGAGCUGCUCCGAGACAAGCUGGUGAUGGGAAAACCGCUGGGCGAAGGCUGUUUUGGUCAGGUGGUGAUGGGAGAAGUUGUAGGAAUGGACAAGGACAAACCCAACCGUGUGACCAAAGUGGCUGUCAAGAUGCUGAAAUCUGACGCCACAGAGAAGGACCUGUCCGACCUCAUUUCAGAAAUGGAAAUGAUGAAAAUCAUUGGCAAACACAAGAACAUAAUUAACCUGCUGGGCGCAUGCACACAGGAUGGUCCAUUGUACGUCAUCGUGGAGUAUGCCUCUAAAGGAAACCUGCGUGAGUACCUGAGGGCCCGAAGGCCUCCGGGCAUGGAGUACUGCUACAACCCAGAUCAGGUUCCUGUCGAGACCAUGUUUAUUAAAGACUUGGUGUCCUGUGCAUACCAGGUAGCACGAGGCAUGGAGUACCUGGCAUCCAAAAAGUGCAUUCACAGAGAUCUGGCAGCUCGGAACGUCCUGGUGACCGAUGAUAACGUGAUGAAGAUUGCAGACUUCGGCUUGGCCAGAGACAUCCACCAUAUCGAUUACUACAAGAAAACCACCAACGGUCGCUUACCGGUGAAAUGGAUGGCCCCAGAGGCUCUGUUCGACCGAAUCUACACCCACCAGAGUGACGUGUGGUCUUUCGGGGUACUGCUGUGGGAGAUCUUCACCCUGGGGGGUUCGCCAUAUCCAGGCGUACCAGUAGAGGAGCUCUUCAAACUUCUGAAGGAAGGUCAUCGUAUGGACCGUCCCUCUACCUGCACCCAUGAACUAUAUAUGAUGAUGAGGGACUGCUGGCACGCCGUGCCCUCUCAGAGACCCACCUUCAAACAGCUUGUGGAGGACCUUGAUCGUACUCUGUCCAUGACAUCUAAUCAGGAAUAUCUGGACCUGUCAGUCAAUCUGGACCAGUACUCCCCCAGUUUCCCAGACACGCGCAGCUCCACCUGCUCGUCGGGCGAAGACUCUGUAUUCUCCCAUGAACCUGCCGCAGAUGAACCCUGCCUACCCAAGUUCCCCCCAAAUCCAAGCCGUGUAGUGGCAUUUAAAAAGCGCUAAGCACCAUCACUUCCUGUCGUGUGAUACUGAGCUGGACUUACUGAGCUGGACGGUACUGGACAGAAAUGGACUGAUCUUCACAGCGCACACGACAUAGAGGAUUUGGGACUUAAUAAACUUUUUGUAUUGCCUAGUACAGCAUUGACUAGUUGUUUACACACUCCUCUAAUGCUGCAGAUGGGUUUUAGGGCACUUGGAACAGAUCUGAGCGUCUGAAUGGAUGAACUCAUUUUUUUACGGAUCCCUUUUUUUCUCUCACUGGACUUCAAAAGGAGCAAAAAGAAGGAAAAUGAAUAGGGGACCUGGUCUAUGAAUGUUACAAAUGUUUUGGAUAUUUUGCUUAUAAACAAGGACCUUUCUUUUCCCCCUUGAAGCAAAAUUCCUUUGGAAAAGUGCAUUUCAUUUAGAAAAGUAUUCUAACAAUGGAUUGUCAGAACAGUUUGAAUGACGUGUAAAUACAGUUAGAAAUUUAUAAAUAUGAAUAUAUAUUUACGCUGUACUCCUUAUUACCCUAAUCUCUAAUUUUGUGGCUUUUUGUAUAUGAAUGUCCUUUUGUUCUUUAGGAAAGGACUAAACAACUGCCUGAUGUGAAAAUAUGCUAAUAUUGGGAUAUAUGAACUGAUAGCUGGCCAUUUUUUACUCAUUAUUGUUUUUGUUCUAUAUUGUCAAUGGAGGUACGCUAAUGUAGCCGCUGCUGUUGUAGCCUUUCAGUGGCAUUCACUCUGUUCGCUAGUUGUUACAUUAUAGCUACUAUUUUUAGUAGAAAUCAUUCCCAUGUCUUGCUCAUGUUUUGUUAAGAUAUCUGGCACCUCAAAUGGUACUUUUUUAUCUUAUAAAAAAUAAAUCACCCCAUGAGUAUGAA